GGGGCGUCUGACUCUGGGGCCCUCGCACGAGACAUGGUACCUUUUAUUUCCCAUCAUCUCUGCUAGAUUGAAGCAUAGCUUCCCUGCAUUCUGUGGCUUUUUGUGACGCGUUAACUUGCUGCCGUUCCCGCCACUGCCCUGUUUGCCAAGUCACAUCGUUUGGUACUGACAGACUCCUGCUGGGUGCCUGCCCCAGAUCCUCUUAGACGCCAUCGCACUCACAACCCAGUACUCCGUAACUGUCCGCCAACUCUUCACCCAGCCUCAUUGCUGAAGCACACAAUCAUACCACCAGGCCCUCAGUCAUCCCGAGACAUUGUUGACCAGUUUCAAUCCUCACUCUCAAGAUGGACUCAUAGCUGAAAUUACCAUUUGCCCAUCUGGCAAUCACUGGAGUCUCCUUUGAUCACCACGUCCGUCUGCUCAGAGACGUAUUUCUAACGACGUUGCAUCCCCAUUCUGCAUCUCCAACCAACAUUUAAGACCACGAACGUGGAAAGCAAAAUGGUCGCGGACACCACCGCCUUCGAGGCCACCGAACUCGAUCAACGGAAGCCUCCUUCAAAUGAACAAACCAAGUCCGAAUACGAUCCGUGUGUCAACGCCAAAAUCGCCUCACCCUUCUACUUGUACAAUCACGAUUCUCCAAGACCGUCCUUCGAGGUCGCCAGCAAACCACUGCCUCAAGUCACACUGCAAGACCUCGAAGCCGGCACGAUCAACCUCUCUCCAACAGUCACACAAGAGAAGCGAGAUGCUCAGAAAGCUGCUCCCUCGGCAGGACUCAAGUUCUGGCAGAAACAGCAGAGACAAAGCCAGUGCAUGACAAAGCCCAAGCAACGAGGGUGUGGAUGGUUGAAGCAGUUGCCUCCACGACAACGGCUUUUGGUGAAGAUAUUGCUCGCUCUGGUUAUUAUUGGUGCUAUGGUUGGCAUUGCCGUUGGCAUCACCGCAGCUGUUCACGGUGGAGUGUACAAGAAUAACAAUUCUACUACGUCUAUCGGCUGAUAUCGGGGAUGUUGUCACUUUCACUGAAAUGGAUGUCUAUUAAUAAGAUGGAAGGAGUUUGAAAGAGAAGUUAUUUUAUACCCCAGCGCAUCACCAAUGGGCAGCGUUUAGUGCAGGCCAGAAUGAACAUAUUUGAGCAGACCGUGUCUGGUCUUCGG